AUGUCCACCUCCGCCGCUGCCGCCGCCGCCGAACUCCACGACCUCGGCCAAGCGCGCUACGACCACGACAUCGCGCAAGCCACAGACCGCGACGCCGCGCUCUUCACGCAGGGCCCCGUGACCGUGCGCCAGGGCCGCGCGCCCGCCGGUCUCGAGAACCAGGUCUUCGCCUGGAACACGUUCAAGUACACGACUGAGGAGCGGGAUGAUCGCGAGGAGCUCAAGGGGGAAUUGCAUGAGGGGCAGUUGCAUCGGCAGAAUAGGGCGGCGUUGGGAGGGGAUGGUGGCAGGGGUGGAGGGGGUGCUGGUAUGAGGGGAGGAUUUGGGGGGAGGGGAGGGGUGAGGCAGCUGGUGGAUGAUGGGAAGUUGUGUGCGGGGAGGAAGCAGGGUGAGGCGCCGCCUUUGGCUAAGGGGGCGGCUGAGGAGUGUGGGAAGGAGAUGUUCUGGGAUGGACCGAUUGUUUGA